AUGUGUGUUACUUGGGCUGUACAUUCGUGGAUCACAUCGGAUCUUCGACGAUAUAGACAAUUUGUUGCGCUAAGAGUCAACGAAAUUCUCAACCCAUCCACACCCGAGGAAUGGAGGUGGAUUCCAAACCACUUAAACGUUGCCGAUGAGGCCACCAAAUGGGGCAAGGGGCCUUCGUUCACCACUGACAGCCGCUGGUAUCGAGCUCCUCAGUUUCUGUACGAACCAGAAGAACUUUGGCCAGGAGAUCAGGAGACUCGCAUAACUGAAACGGAUGAAGAAGUUCGUCCGGCGUAUGUUGGGAAGCAUUCCCUCGGGCAACCACUCGUGCUUGUUGAGCGGUUCUCAAAAUGGGAGCGACUCCACAGAUGCGUUGCGUAUGUUUUACGGUUCGUCAAUCGAGUUCAUCCGGAAUGGAAGACGCUGGGAUCAACGGUGAAUCUCACGAAGGAAGAUUUACUGGAAGCGGAACGAGUGCUUUGGCGGUUGGUGCAACAUGAAGCGUAUCCCGAUGAGGUCAACAUUUUGAAAUCAAAAAGAGAGGGCCAACGAAAUCAACAAAAGAAUGUAGAGAAGAACAGUUUGUUGUACAAACUAUCACCAAUAAUGGACGAGCAUGGAAUAAUUCGCAUGAACAGUCGCCUUUCUGCAGCCGAGUUCUUGCCCUUCGAUACUCGAUUUCCAAUUAUCCUUCCGAAGGACAGCUAUAUCACCCGCCUCGUUGUUGAUUGGUAUCACCGCGACUACAAACACGCAAAUGACGAAACAGUCAUUAACGAGAUAAAACAAAAAUUCCACAUUUCGAAGUUAAGAGGGCGGUUGAGCUUCGUGAAGAAAAACUGCAGCUGGUGCCGCGUAUAUAAGGCAGUACCAACAGUACCGCAGAUGGCAUCACUUCCACCGGAAAGGCUUACUCCGUUUAUCCGCCCCUUUUCCUAUGUAGGAAUAGACUAUUUUGGGCCGUAUCUGGUGAAAAUAGGAAGAGCUUCAGUGAAACGCUGGGUGGCUCUUUUCACGUGUUUAACGAUUAGAGCCAUUCACUUGGAAAUCGCUGCCACGUUGUCUACGGAUUCCUGUAAAAGGCUAUUCGCCGAUUCAUUGCCCGGAGAGGUGCACCAUUAG